CUUUGCAUCACCGUGGUUUAAUCAGACUGUGGUGGUUAAUUACACAAUGUCCUCGUCCAGUCGAGAAAUCCAGCUGCUCAGUGCUAUAUAAGAGACAAAAGUGCAGCAGAAAGAAACAUUCUGACUUCGACAAGAUCACCUGCAGAUUUUGCUGUUUGGAUCAUUCAGUGCUGAAAGUGAACAGGUUGAACCCGAGUGUUAGGAGAGCUACGAUGGCUGGAUGGACUCUGAUUUCCUCUGUGCUGCUGAUGGCCUGCGUCCUGCCGCAGCUUUGUGCCGCUCAAAAGAGCUGCAGCGGGCGAUGUGGAGAGCCAUUCUUGCGUGGGCAGAUCUGUACUUGCGAUGCUGACUGUCUCACUCACAGUGAAUGCUGCAAGGACUACGAGGACGUCUGUACCUCCCGUGGCUCAUGCAGGGGUCGAUGCCGGGAAGCUUUCAGGAGAGGGAGGGAGUGUGAAUGUGACCCUGACUGCACCCUCUACAACUCCUGCUGUCCUGACUACAGCUUACACUGCGAUAUGAAUUACAGUGCACCAGAAGUCAGGACCAGCAAAAAGUCAGAAGGAGGCAGCGUUGUGGAUCUAGUGCCACUGACUGAAGAUCUAGCAGCACCUUCUCCUGCUGAUGCUAAUCUUUACCUGACUACUCCUCCUGCAAACCUUGUGGAAAACACACCAGGCGCACCCCUUGCUGGAGCUUCCUCUCCUGGAGCACCCCUCGCAGAUGGAAAUGGACGCGUCCAGGAUUCCAUCUCCAUUAGCGGUCAAGCAAGUGGUAUCACUAAUCAACCCUCUGGUGUCUCUGAGCCAUCUGCUGGAAGACCAAGCACGCUGACGGACAUAGCUCAGGCUCUGGAGGCUGCCAAUGCAGCAGGACAGCCACACCAGAGCUCUAGCCCUGACCUCUGUGAUGGCCUCCCAAUCGACGGUGUGACCUCACCAUUCAAUGGCUCCAUCAUUGUUUUCCAAGGUCAUUUCUUCUGGAUCCUGGACCCCAAAACCAGAACAGCUGGUCCUGCACGCAGUAUUUCAGCAGACCUGGGCAUUCCCUCGCCUAUCGACACAGCCUUCACGCGCUGCAACUGCGAGGGCAAUACCUACAUUAUCAAGGAUGAUAACUACUGGAGUUUUCAGAAUGGGGUGACGGAGCCUGGCUACCCCAGAUCUGUGUCCAAGGACUUUGGAGGGCUCUCGGGAAGAAUUGUUGCUGCUCUCUCUAUCCCUGCCACCAGGAACAGGCCUGAGACUGUUUACUUCUUCAAGAAAGGAGGUAUAGUGCAGAAGCUCACCUACCCUGCUGGAAGUGGGCCGACCUGCACUGGGAAAAAGGGAAAGAAUGCCGUGUCCGCUAAGAAUCGCCAACCAGCCCGUCUCUCCGGAGAGAUCAACAUUACACUGAAGUGGAAGGGAUUCCCCACCCCGGUGACCUCUGCUCUCUCCAUGCCCAACUCCAGGAAGCCCGAUGGGUUCGAACACUACAUCUUCUCCUGGCCUAAAGUCUUCAGCAUUAAGAUCAGCAGUGAGAUUCCUGUUCUGGAGUCUCCUGGAAAGCCGUCUGCUGAGAAUGACGUCAGAAACUGGCUCAACUGUCCUCAAUAGAUAAACCCAAAGCAAAGAAACCAGAGCUUGGCACUCAUCAGCAAGCCACUUUUUAUUAGCAAAAACACUGAACAGCUUUAUUCAUUAUUAGCAAAACAUUGAACAUCAUUCAUAAAGUACAAAAUAGCAAUUUGAAAUCAUAAUUAAGCAAACUGAAGCUAACUACAGAACAUAAAAUUUAUAUGUACAAAAGAAAACUGUUGCACUGAAUUUGUAGCUGUAUUUCUUUAAACAUGUUUGGCUGAAAAAUGGGAGAUUUCACAACUAGUAGAGAUGUUAGAACGGCGUGCCUCUGUUGAACCCUCGGCCACGGCCACCACGAGGAUAGCCUAUACCUGAGGGGAGAAAGAGAGAAGGAAAAAGAAAUUAGAUUUAAAAAAAAAAAAAAAAAAAAAAAAAAAAAAAAAAAACACCAAGAGUCAAAAA